UACAAAGAUGGAAAUAUAUACAGACAAUUCAAGUAUCGUAAUGGAAAUAUUGAGGAGACGUCACCUGGAGCUGACAGGAUGAGUUUUAGCAGAAACUGCUCUCUGAUCAUCAACAACAUCACUGCUGAAGAUGCUGGUCAAUACAUCUGUUGGACUGGAUAUGAAUACUGUUCCAAAUCUGUGUAUCUGAGUGUUUUAUCAGUCUCUCCAUCUCCACCAGAUGUGGAUCCAGGAAGGGAUGGAGAUGUGACAUUACACUGUUCUCUGGUGAGACACAGUCAUUUGGGUCCCUGUGAGCAGAACAGCAUCAUCUGGGUGGAGGAGACAGGAACUGUGCUGCUUGGUGAAGGUGAUGGGUUUGUGUCUGGAGGACAGAACAACUGUGUUUCUGAUCUGAUGGUGAAACAUCAGAGAGGCUCCAAGAGAAGAUUCACCUGCCAGGUUGUUGAAGGAGACAGAGUGAAGAUAGAUGCUGAAUACACGCUGGACUUUACAGAUUCCUCUCUGAUCGACACCAGCGUGAUCAUCGGAUCAGCAGUCGGGGGGGUGGUGGUGGUUCUGGCUGUUGCUGUUGCUCUUCUCAUCGUUUGCGGGAGGAAAGAAGAUCAGCAGAAUGAAACAAAUGUUCAGCAGCUGAUGCUCCACAAUGAUGAUCCAGAGAUCAAUGUUACCUAUGCUGCUGUUGGGGGUUUUAAUCCAAAUACUUCCACUAAAAUAGUGGGGGAGUCCGAGCCGCGACACAUAGUCUCUCCAACUUACCUGGGUCUUCUCUGGGGUCUUUCCCGGUGGAGAAACAUGGCAUCGGUUUUGGAGGAUGAGUCAGAGAACAACAUGACCUACGCCACUGUCGAUCACUCUGGGAAGACUCCUGCUAAGAUAAAUGAUGAGUCGGAGAACAACAUGACCUGCGCCUCUGUCCAUCACUCUGGGAAGACUUCUGCUAAGAUAAACGUCAAGGAGGAAGAAGAUGUGGUGAUUUAUUCUGCUGUGAGGAUCAAAACUAACCAACAGUGA